AUGUCGAGUAGCAGUGGCGAGAGCGGGUCCCUCCUCUUGUUCCUGACCUUAGAGGAGAACCUUCAGCUUUUCAUGGUUGAAUGUGAUGAUGCGCUGGAGGAGGAGCAGCCAGGGGCGGCCGUGGCUGCCGUGGCGGUGGCAGGUGGCACCGGCCCGGCCGUGUUGCAGGUGGUCGGUCUGUACCAGGGGCCGUGCGCCACAUGCACCCGUGCCCUAGACCUGGGGCUCGUGUCCCCCGCGCAGCUGCGCAUGUUCCCGGUGCACCACGGCUCAGGUGGCCCACAGCAGGGCGCUUGCGGCAGCGGGGUCGGGGCCAAGCUCAAGGCCAACCCCUUUUACAACCGCUACCCGGACAAGAUCCCACAGCUGUGCAGGUCUGACCCAGCCACUUUUGAAUCGCGACUGGAAAAGCACAUUGAGUUUCUGAAGCAGCCAGUGGGGCACUCCAGGCAAGGUGACACUAUCAGAUGUGUAGAACAGAAGACAGACGCCCUGGGGACACAGCCUGCGAGCAGAGGAUUCACUGAGGACAGGACUCUCGGUUCCAUCGUUAACAUUGAGAUGGCGAAAGACAAAACAGAAGAAAUAAGGCAGAUUUGGCUGCAGUAUUUUGCAGCAAAAGAUAUACGGUCUGUGCAGUUAUUCCUAAAGACAAAGUUUGACUUGAUCUGGUCCCGGGCUCAGUCCUGUCCAACGUUUCUCUACACGGACCCCACCUCCCUGAAUGUUGCCGAGGCACAGUGCACUGCCAGCCACGCACUCUCCCAUGCCAUCGACUGGAAGGAGACCUGUGGGCUAGCGGAGACCUCUGACUUCAGACCAGAAAAUGUCACCACUGUGACCUCCAACCACACGAGCCAGCCCACCAGCACCACGAGACCAUCGACGACGCCACGGUCUUCAGUCGCCAAGACAGAGGCAGUCACGGCCGUGACCUCCCCAGCAACAGCUCGAAUCACACCCGUGGACUCCAGCAACAGGACUCUCAGCGGCUCGGUCUCCCAGAACACAACCCAGACGGUGCCGGCCUCAGUGACCACCCCAGCCCACAACAGUCCGGUCACGUCCGUUUCCUCCGUGACGCGUACGUAUCAAAGCUGCCCCCAGCCCCCGUGUCUGCUGAGCGUGGCGGUCCCGUGCCGCGUUCCUGUCAUCCGUGCUUCUGCGAAGAGCAAGUGCGGACAGGGCUGUCCUGUUGCACACGGCGGCGGCUUCAGUCCUGCUGGGCCCAUCCCCAUGGACGAUGAGUUUCCGACUUCACCAGGCCGCAUGACGACGGUGGGGGGCACAUCGCAGCAGGGAACGGCCAUGUGA